GCCGGAGAUGGGAAGGGUGAAGCCUGGGUGCCUGGGGGCAGCAGCCAUGAUGGGCCGACAGUGGAGGUGCAGGUGGGCUCAGCCCUGGACUCUGCUCCUGCUUCUCUUAGGUCCCCGGCUCCUGGUGACUCAUGGCUGGCGUCGCAAAGGGGACAAGAAUAGUGAAAAGACAAAUAUCUUGGAGCUUUACCUUCCUGCCGUCGUGGAGUAUGCCUUACACAUGUACAACCUGAGGAGCCAGGACAUGAAUGCCUACAAAGUGGUGCGUGUACUGCGGUCGUGGCUGGAGUUGUCUGAACAGAAAGAAGAAAAAGGCCUGGUGUUCUCCAUGGAGCUGCAGUUCGCCCGAACCAGGUGCGGGAAAUUUGACGAAGACAUCGACAACUGUCCUUUUCAAGCAACUCCAGACGUGAACAAUACCAUCACCUGCUUCUUCACUGUUGACACUGAACCCUGGAAGACAGAGUUCCAACUCCUGAACGACACCUGCUUGGAGGGCUCCGCUGAGUGAGACCACACCCCAGCCUGGGGGGCACCCCUGCCACCCUGUCGUGUCCCUUCAGUGUCCAAGCAGCUCUGGUUCUGUUCUCUGGAUGAGCACCUGUCUGGGUGUCGCACCCGGGCCAUACGGACACACCUCCCUGUCCAUGUCACCCCGUAGAACUGGUCAUUAAACGUCAGCAU